AGGAAUAAGUUGAGAAGUUGAAAUGAGACGACUCUGACUCAAAAAAAAAUCUCAAGAAACUCGUCAGCUGGAGCAGUGUGUAUUUACUAUUUUUGGCUGGAGAAGUUUAGUUAUUAAAUUGUCCUCUAAAUUUAUCAGUGAAUACGUUAAGCACAAUUGAAUGGAACUGAAGAAUUGGACAAUCUUUGGUCUUCUUGACCCAGAGUUUUUUGCAAACAUUAAGAUAGCUUGCGUUUUUGGAAACUUGGGACAUGAGGCGAUCCUGUGUAUGAAAAAUGACGACGUUUACAGCUUGGGGUCCAAUAGUAGUGGGUGCCUUGGCGUUGAGAGUAUUACGUCCAGUUUGACACCAAUGAAAGUGGACUACCUGUGUCAAAAGAACAUUAUCGGCUUCAGUUAUGGCGCUGGACCUCAUGUUGUCGCCUUUACAAAAGACGGGGGACUAUACGCUUGGGGUCACAACGGUUUCUGUCAGCUUGGUCUUGGUACAUCGUGUCAAACCGUCGUCCCGACGCUCGUUUCUUCAGGACUUUUGGGUAAAAAGAUCAUCGACGUGAGUUGUGGAAGCCACCACAGUAUCGCACUCACAUCCGAGGGUGAGGUCUUUGCCUUCGGUCAAAAUAACAGUGGUCAGAUAGGUUGUGGUUCAACAGCCAACCAACCGACGCCUAGAAGAGUGUCUGCAGUGAUUGGCAAUGUUAAAAUUGUGAAAAUUGCGUGCGGUCAGACGUCUACUUUUGCUGUUAGCGAUACUGGAGAGGUCUAUGCAUGGGGAUUCAAUGGGAAUGGAAACUUAGGUUUAGGAAACACGGUGAAUCAAUAUAAUCCGACCAAGGUUAUCCUCCCAAACAUAUUCAUCACGAAGGUUGUUUGUGGAACAGCUCAUACCUUAGCAUUGUCCGAUGACGGAGUUUUGUAUUCAUGGGGAGCCAAUAGUUACGGCCAGCUUGGGGCAGGGCACAAAUCCAACAUGACGAGUCCGCUUCGUGUCGCAAAUGAAGUUGGAAGGAUUAUCGAUAUCGCGGCGAUUCACUACGGACAUAUUAGUGCGUGUCAGACGCACACAAAAAUCUACAUGUGGGGACAAUGCAGAGGACAAUCGAUUACAUCACCUGUUGAGACGCUGUUCACAUCUUUGCACGAUGUAUUUGCCUGCUAUUCCACUCCCCCAGUGACAUAUCUACCGAUUGAAGCUAAACAAACGGACGAGCCGAGCAUUAUUGAUGCUCUCCGCUUAUCGUUUGAUGACCCGAAAACUUGCGAUGUACAAUUUUCCGUGGAAGGAAAGCUGAUUCAUGCUCACAAAGCGAUACUAAAAAUCAGAUCGGACCACUUUAGAUGUAUGUUUAACGGAAAGUGGAAAGAGACCGAAGAGAGUCCAGAAACAGUCAUCAAUGUGGAACCUACAGUGCGAUUUUCAGUGUUCCGAGCAUUUCUUCAGUAUUUAUACACUGACAAGAUUGACUUGCCUGCAGAAGAAGCCGUUGAUCUUCUGAAACUGGCCAACUAUUAUUGCGAAGUAAAGUUACGGAACCAAUGUGAAGUUUUGAUAAAGCAGUCCAUAACGAUUGAUAAUGCUGCUCGACUCUAUGCUUCUGCUAUUCUGUAUAACGCGAAGGAGCUGGAAGAGUUUAGCUUCCAGUAUAUGCUAUAUCAUUUAACGGCUGUCGUGCAGUCAGAAUCUUUCCAAGAGUUGGAUGGUGAAACAAUCAAAAACUUGAUGAUAGUCCUGGCAGACAAUGGCGCAUUCAAGUACUAAUCAUUCCAAUAAUACGUAAGACUGAUGACGGUUAGUGCAACAUUCCGAAUACGAAUUCCCGAUGGUUAAUUAUUAUGCCGCAUGUAAAUUCUGGUUGAUAUUAUGAUUAUUAUGAUACACAUAGCACAAAAUAACACGACUGAAACUUCUUGUUAAUCAAAUAUUAUUAAAAAAUAAAAAUUACAACGAAUCGAUACAUA